UGAGAGUUACACAGGAAAAUCAUGCUUGGACUUGUUCCCAUGUUAAUCCCCCUAGGCUGGGGCAUUGGGUAUGCGGUAACCAGCGGGAUGAAAAAACUCACCGAUCGUUACUUUCCCAGCAAGGAUUCAGAAGAAAGCAAGGAUUCCGAGGAAAACAAGGAUUCCGAAGAAAGGAAGGACUCUGAAGAAAACACGGAUCAACGUGGAGAAGAGGAUUUGGUUUGGAAGGGUCCUACACCCACUUCCACAGAACAAACCAACCCGGAGGGGGAGGUUUGUUCUGGAAAACCAACGGGUGUGGGUGGGACCGCGACCUCAGACCCAACAAGGACCGUCCGUACAGAGGACGACACCACUAUCUCUGAACAAACCUUCCCGGCUGGGGAGGUUUGCUCAGAGCAAAAAACAUAUGUCUGUGGGACCACAGACAUGGGUGUGACGGACUCUGUGCGAGACAGUCCUGAGGGGAGUCCGACUGUCUCUGAACAAACUGACCCGGCGGGGGAAGUUUGUUCAGAGACGGCGGAACGACAUGAGGGUGAAGGGCCAGUCGCAGAAAAGUCUACUCCGGCUGGGGAAGACUUGUCUGCGGCUGACGUCGCGGCCAAAGCUGUGGCUGAAGCCACAGAGAGAGCUUUGGUUUCGUUGGUCCCAUCUCUGGCCCUUCCGAUCAAUACUCCUCUCCGCACCUCUUGCUCCAGGACAUUUCUUUUAAGGAGUUCCCAGGAUGAAGAAGGUCUUUUUGCUCAAAGACAUACUGCAAGGAUAACUGUUGGGCUUGAGAUCGAUUGUCCCCUGGACAUAAAAAAAGAAGAUGGUGUCGGCUCAGAGUUCCCAGGGACACAGAAGACGGCAAUGGUAGGCAAUGGACUAGCAGAGGAUGGACUCUGCUACAGCUGGGUGGACGCUGCUCUCCAGAGCGUCCUGAACCUGAGCGUCACGCGGAGGUGUCUCGCUCAGGAAAGGGACUUUCUGGAGGCUUCGUCCAUCCCCAGUUGGGCGAGUCUCAUCAUGUCUGCUGUCCAUCACCCCGGCAGACAUUUUAGUCAGGAGGACCUUUCCCCUGUUUUGAUGGAGCUGAGGGAGAGGUACCAGCCAUUGAACAUGGGAAGGGACUUCGACGUGAAAUGUCUGCUGGAGUCAUCGAUGGUCUGGCUGGACUCUUUCAGCAGUGCCACAGAUAGGGAGUUGUACAACAACAACUCUUGUUCUGUCUGUGGCACUGUGUUUCUUGAGCUGCUGAACAACGGCUCCCUGCUCUCCCUUCCACCGGUGAGAUUUCCAACCAGUAUUUCCACUCUCUUGUAUUACUGGUUGGAUGUGCGGGGAAAACGCCGUUGUUCGGUGUGCGGGUCGGCCUUGGAGAGAAAGCACUGCCUUACCAACAAUGAGGUCCUAGUGUUUUUUCUCCACAGGCUGACCAGGAAACACCGAAUAGUUUCCAGUCAGGCCAUAGAUGUGCCAGCCAAAUGCAAAGGUGGUACUGAAAGGUACCACCUGUCGUCUGUUGUCUGUGGGAGAUCAGAGCUGACCCACUUCUAUACAUAUUUAAUGACUGGGGGACAAAUAAGGAAGGCAGAAAAUCAGAAUGUCUCUACUCUAGACUUGAACGACUGCAGUGAAGACAUCAGCAGAAACGGUUUCAUUUUUGUAUAUGAGAAAUCAUCAAAUUGUGACGUUUGACGCGAUAGUCUCUCCAGCCCACUCCUCCAAAAGACGAUAAAGGAAGGACCACCAGGAGGCCUCGGAGGGAAGACCACAAGGACGCGAGGAUCCAGAAGGAAGACCACAAGGAGGCGAGGACACGACUGGAAGACCACAAGGACGCGAGGAUCCAGAGGGAAGACCACAAGGAGGCGAGGACACGAAGGGAAGACCACAAGGAGGCGAGGAUCCAGAGGGAAGACCACAAGGAGGCGAGGACACGAAGGGAAGACCACAAGGAGGCGAGGACACGAAGGGAAGACCACAAGGAGACGAGGACCCAGAGGGAGGACCACCAGGAGGACUCGGAGGGAGGACCACUAGGAGGCGAGGACACGGAGGGAG